UGUGGGGCUUUACGUAAGGCCAACAUGGCUGCUGCCUGCUCCAGAGCUGCGUGGAAGGUCGGGUGGACUCUCCUGGAGUCUCCGGCGACCCGCCGGGCCGGAACCGCGUCCCACCUGCUGGGGAACGUGGGCGCCCAUGGAACCAGGAGGUCCUACGGUACCGGCGGGCCCGGGUUCCGCUCCAAACUCCUGUCCUCUGGGGGAGGAGGAGUGCUGGGCUGCGCCUUCCUGCUGGGCGGGGGUCUGGGUCUGUACCGGACCGUGAAGGGGUCGCUGCUGGACCGGCACCUGGCCGAGGAGCACCAGGGGUCCGGUGGCGGUCUGAAGCUGAUGCUGUACCAGUACAAGACCUGCCCGUUUUGCAGCAAAGUUCGUGCAUUUCUGGACUACCACGGCCUCCCGUAUGAGAUCGUGGAGGUGAACCCGGUCAUGAGGAAGGAGAUCAAGUGGUCGGUGUACAGAAAAGUGCCCAUCCUGAUGGUGAACGAAGGCCUGCAACUGAAUGACUCUUCAGUCAUCAUCAGCUCCCUCAAGACUUUUUUAAUCAACGAGGAGAAAGACAUGUCCGACAUCCUCCGCUGCUACCCAGAGAUGAAGUCUGUGAACGACAGAGGGAAGGAGGUGACGGAGUACACCAACAAGUACUGGCUGAUGCUGAGCGAGGCCGAGAGUGCUACGAUGUACCCUGGGAAGGGAAUGCAGAAAGAGGAGAUGAAGUGGCGCCAGUGGGCUGAUGAUUGGCUUGUGCACCUCAUAUCUCCAAAUGUUUACCGGACAACCGGCGAGGCCCUGGCUUCCUUCGACUACAUUGUACGCGAAGGCAAGUUUGGUACGGUGGAAGGCUUCUUCGCCAAAUAUGUUGGAGCUACAGCCAUGUUCCUCAUCUCCAAGAGGCUGAAGAGUCGACACAACCUGCAGGAUGACGUCAGGCAGGAUCUCUACAAGGCCGUCAACGACUGGGUGGCAGCCAUCGGCAAAAACAGGAAGUUCAUGGGCGGAGAUCAACCAAACCUGGCGGACCUGGCGGUGUUUGGAGUUCUCCGAGUGAUGGAGGGCCUCGAGGCGUUCAACGACAUGAUGGAGAACACCAAAGUCAAAUUCUGGUACAGACGCAUGGAGAGAGCAACGCUCAACCACGAGGGUCUACAACGGAGCACUUCCAAACACUGAACAGUGAAUCUCCAGAUAGACGGUGACCCUCAUCAGGAAACAAGUCCUGCUGAGUUUGGAGAAACCUCAAACGCCAGCAGAGGUUAAGAGAUGGGUCACCGAUGCUUUGACUAACUGCCUGAGAACACCUGAGUUACCUCCAGACGUCUGUGUGGAUAAAAAAAACAACACAAACAUGGCAAUAUGUUCAGAGAUUUACUGUCAGCAUUUAGUGACAUGGCUGCUUUGUGGAGAGCAAAGUUUAAUUGAAGGUAAUUUCUGGUUAAUAGUGCCCUCUGCUGGUGAAUAGCAGGAAAUGCAUCCGUCAGUCAUUUGGCCUUUUCUGCUAAUUUAAACUCUGUUUUUACAGUUUAGUAAAAAAAGUAAAUAAAUAAUCUUUGAUUUCCCUCAAACUUGAGACGUGUGAUAUCCCAAAGGUCAAAGAAAUAUAGACCUUUAUUUUCUUUGCUGUUAACAAGAAAGCCAGCACAUUGGAAACGACUUUUUUGUUGUUAAUAACGGAGACAAACCUGUUAGUUCACUGUUUAUCAGCCAAACAGUUUGGACUUUAUUCACAGGGAAAAAAAGGAAACAUUUUACAUCUAACAGUAGGAUGAUGUUUGAAACUGAAAACUUUAUCUACAUGUUGAUGACCAAUGUUAACUUGUUUUUGUCUCGUGUCUCUCAUGUUAAGUUUGAGGCCCAUUUUGGAAUAAGUUAGUUUGAAGGAAGUUUUCUCUACACUUAGCAGCUUUGUCUGGAAAACGGUUCUAGUUUCUGUGCCAGAACAUUAACUUAAAUCGAGUUGUCUGUAUUUCCAUAAGAUUGCUUUCCUGGUAACGAGGAAUCGAUACGUCUGGUGUUCUCACCUGGGGCAAAACAAAAUAAAACUGUCAAGCACAGGUGAGCGGCCAGCUGAAACAUACUGAAUAUGCUUAUAUCUGUAAGCUGCUGAUUGUUUAAAUUAAUUAUAUUAAAGCAAUUCAGUGUGCAUAGCUCUAAAAGAA